UAGCCAAUGGGUAGGCAAUGGGCGGGGUUUAGAACAGAGCGCAGCCUGGAUAGCAGAGUUGUCUCGUGGACCAUCGGGGGGGCAGGGGUGCAUCCCCCCCAUAUUUCAUACGGUGACCCUACGCCUCCGGUUACAAGCUGCCCCGGUGUCUUCCUGGGCUUGUCUUCGCUAGCCCCCCCCCGCCUGUGGGCUUCGUCAUGGGUCCACCCCAGUGCCGUAGCUAAACCAGACGGAGUCCCCGACCCUCAUGCGCUGGAGUCUCCAGCUGUGGAGCGGCAUUCUCCGGGCGAGGUGGCAAAGCCAGCAUCUCCGGACCAUGGCAGCACCCAGCAGCGACGCCUCUUCCGGAAACGGUGGGGGGAAACCCAUGGACGGGCCCGUGACGGCCGGGAUCAUCGUCAUAGGGGAUGAGAUCCUAAAGGGCUACACCCAAGACACCAAUUCCUUUUACAUGUGCAAGAAGCUCCGCUCGCUGGGCGUGAAGGUCGCCAAAAUUUCCGUGGUCCCCGACGAGGUGGACGCCAUCGCCCAGGAGAUUGUGGCCUUCGCCGGCGCCUUCACCUACGUCCUCACGUCGGGCGGGAUCGGCCCGACCCACGACGACGUGACCUUCGAGGCGGUGGCCCGGGCCUUCGGGGAGAAGGUGGCCCCCCACCCGGAGAUGGUGGAGCUGGUCAAGAAGUUUUUCGGGAAGUCUGACGCCGCUUCUCCCGAGAUGAAGCUGGCCCGGGUCCCGGAGUCGUCCCUCCUCAACUACGGCGUGGACGAGUCGACGGGACGCGCUUUCCCCUACCCGCUGGUCAGCGUCCGUAACGUUUACAUCUUCCCGGGCAUCCCGUCUCUGAUGAAGCGAGCCCUCGAGGGUUUGAGCCACCUCUUCCGCAACGAGAAGACCCGUUUCUGCUCCCACGAGAUUUACGUCAACGCCGACGAGACGCAGAUCGCUCCGGUCCUCGACCGAGCCAACGCCGGCUUCGGGCGCCGGACCAGCUUGGGGUCCUACCCGGAUUGGGUCAACAAUUACUACCGGGUCAAGCUCACCCUGGACUCGGACUCCGAAGCCGAAUUGGAAAAGGUUUACUCCUUCCUGAUGGAGAAUUUGCCCGACGGCGUCGUGGUUCCCCUGGUCGCUGACCCCGUCUCCCGGGCGGCCACAGAUGUGUACGCCCUGGCGGCAUCUGGCUCCCCCCUUGGCCAGAAGGUGGCGGUAGCGCUCCGCACCAUAGAAGAAGCCUUGGACCGCUAUCCGCUGUCGAAGCUGUGCCUCGGGUUCAACGGCGGGAAGGACUGUACUGCUCUGCUCCACCUCUUCCACGCCGCUGUCCAAAGGCGAAACCCGGAGAGGACGGAGAAGCUACAGGUUCUCUACAUCCACACCGUGUCCCCAUUUCCCGAGAUGGAGGAGUUUAUCCAGAACACGGCUCAGCGGUACAACCUUCACAUCUGUGACGUCCACGGGAACAUCAAAGAAGCCCUGAGCGACCUGAAGGCCAAACAGCCGGACCUCGAGGCCGUCUUGAUGGGCACCCGCCGGACCGACCCGUAUUCCUGCACCCUCUCGCCUUUCUGCCUGACCGAUCCGGAUUGGCCCCAGUAUAUGCGGGUCAACCCACUGCUGGACUGGACGUACCGGGAUAUAUGGACAUUCCUUCGCUCCCUAUAUAUCCCUUAUUGCAUCCUAUAUGACAAGGGCUACACCUCGCUCGGCAGCAAGGCCAAUACUCAGAAGAACCCCGCUUUGCGGUACGUCGACGCCCAAGGCCGGGAGCGCUACCGGCCGGCCUACGAGCUGGAAAACGAGGAGGACGAACGGAAUUCCCGCCACUGAAGCCACGCCGGUAGCUGGACGGCGUGAAGACCGAGCCUGCCGCCGGAGGCGAAAACCGUCGGUGCGUCUCCACCCGCUAGGACGCUGCGUCCGAAGAAGAGAAGCGUCUCCGGCUUUUUCAGCGCCCCGGGCCGAAUUUGGGGUGGCCCUACCCCCCCUUCCGGUGACGAUGGAGCCUUGCGCGGGGCGGUGAUCCUAGGCCUGUAUACAUUGGCCGUCGGCCUCUGGGAGGAGAAUAAAGGUCGGAAAGAAACCCGG